AUUUUGGCGACUUUUAUUUCAUCAGAUUUAAAUCCUUAAUGAACUUAGCUGUCAGGGUCGCUGACAAAUAGUUCCCCUUUGCUUCCCGAUUUGGAACCGCGCGCCAGCGAGAAGUUGUUAGUGGCUUGGAUGGUGACCUUUGGUUCAGCAAAGCUUUGCACUUAUGAAAAAUUACUGAGCGCCCGAGUGUGAGAGAGAGAAAGAGAGGGAGGGCGUGUGCGUGAGGAUGAGAGGGUGUGCGAGGGGCUCGGGUGCGAGGGGUGAGGGGCUCGGUGCAAGCAGCCUGCUCCUAGACAACAGGAGUUGUGAAAAACCGGCCCGGCUGGGGACACGCCUGGCGCACGCGGGCCGAGGUUGCCCGGUCGCCUGUGUCUACCGGGAACAAUGGUCGCUGUCAGGGCAUCUGCCGCCUAUUCUUACACCGGCGAGAAAAGGCCCUGGCCCUCUUUUCAAACGAGGGUCGUAAAUUUUUCCUUGCGUCAUAAUAGAAGGCUAUAAAAUCGAGUUGAAAUUUUACCCCAGGCAGGUUUUAACCAACAGAUAAUGAUUUCCGAGUUGCUUCUCUCAUUCUCCUCCCUCCCCUCCCAAGCUCUGCUGCUUCUGUAAUCUCAGCCAAGAGUUUCUACUUCUUUCCAUUUUAUUUUUGGAUUUUUAUUCCAUUUUUAUUUUUUGAAGAUCUAAAAAUAAAAGCAAAAGCAAGGUGGUCCGUGGGCGCAGGGAGCCUCGGGGAGAGGGGUCUGGUGGGGAGGCCCGGCAACUGCGGCUUCAUCGCUCCACUUCAGCCCCUUUUACCUGCGCUUCUAGACUCAGCGGUGUCCAGAAAGCUACUCUGCUGCUUCCCCAUCCACACCCUGGCUGGACAGGGACCUGGGCCUUGGGGUAGCAGUAGAUCCUCUUUCCCCAGCUCACGCAGGUCCUACCCAGGUGCCCAGGAGGACCUAGAGUGUCUUUUUAUUUGCCUCUUUCCCUCUGUCUCUGUGAGUGGCCUCCAUUAGCUUUGCGGAUGAUACCGCCGACCUCGAGCUGUCUGGCUGCGAAGGUAGUUUUGGGAUUGUGUAUUUUCAUUUCUUUUUAGGUGUGUGUAUAUUUCCUCGUCGGGACAGAAACAAAGUUUCCUCCGUUAUGAAUUAUACAUUCAAACAAUAACACAUUAAUUCAAUUAUUCAAAGAUGACAAAUGUUUAUGUGCUUAGCAAGUGACUCCGGUGCAGAUUCCAGGCGCUUUCUCUGAGCUGCUUGCAUUUUUCUCAAUGAGAAUGGGCUCUCCUCCCACCGCUAUGCACUUAUACCCACCCAGACAUCCCCUAGUAGGCCAAGAGAGGAACCCACAAAAAGCUUCCGCAGCCCCACUGGCAACCCGGUAGCCAACAGCAGCGGCCCGAGGCCUGGGCUUGGCAGCCACUGGCCGGGGCUAUUUUAUCAGAGUGACAAUUGCCCGGGUUGUUGUGAUAAAUCAUCGUAAGUAAUUCCUGAAAGGGUGUGAGGCUGUUGGGGGCCAGGCAAGGACUGUAAAUCUUUCCGGUUUAUUGCUCUAUGAACAUAUGCUCCGAUUGAAGAAGGCUUAGAUCCUUUCCUGGAGACAAAUUCCCGAAAAGCAGCCCCCCGCUCUUCGACUUGGGAUUAACACUUGCCUCAGGCCACAGGCUGGGCCACAGGCAGGAGGUUUGGGGGAGGGGUCUUGGGAUGAGGGUGCCGUGGGGGCACCCAUGGUCCAGCUCUGAGAGACAUCAGUGGGCCUCUGUCCUGGUCUGGACAAAUGAACAAAAGAAGGAGCUCGGCUCGGCGGCGACAGCUCUGGGGACUCAAGCCUUCUUCGAGGAGCCCUCCAGAACCUCCCCACACCUCUGGAGUGGGGAGGAUUUGGAGGACUUCAUUUCCUUUCGGUGCUCACGUUUUGGGUAGUACCUUGCAAACAGUGAUACGGCAUCAGCUCCCUCCACUCUUGUGCGGGUGCUGUUGAGAAGUGGAGCUGGUGUGCAGAGCCUCCCUAGUGUGGGUUUCUGGGGUGUGGGCCAGGCUGGUGGAGGUUCGUGGGACCUCACACUACAAGCCAGGAGAUGGGGACUGGCCUCUGGCCCAGGUGUACUUCAUUCUUCCCAUAUGCAGAAUUGGUACCGUGAAUUCCACCCAACCAUUUGCACAGUGUUGCGAUCCUGUCCUGAUUUAAGAUUUCUCAAAUAGAAGUUUCCUUGUUGCCCCAGGUAAGCCUGGCCAGGACUGGUUCCACAUGCCCCCUCGCUUUCCUAGAGGCACCGCAGGAAGCGGGAAACUGUGCCCUGACUGUCGCUGGGCCUGUGAGAUCCAUUGGCACCACACAGAUCUGGAGAUAUUUAGGUUGCCAAGGCAGCAGCUCAGUGCCUAGGAGGCUCCAGGCCAGGACCCACCCCGGUGGGAUAUGCAAGGGCUUGGAAAGGGUCCUGGCCAGCUGCUAGGCUCCUUUUCUGGCUAAGAAAUGGAGGUUUGCCUGCAGAGCCUUAGGACCGAGCCAAGGCCCCAAGGAAUAGUGGGGUGACUGGCUAAGACGGUGCAGGCAGCUCCUAUCUUCAGCCAGAGCCUGCCUGGUGCUAUAGUUUAACUGUCUCACUGGGGACGGAGAGCUGGGGCAUCCUCCCUGGCAAAGGAGAAGGUGCCUCACUGCGGUGCAUGCUGUGCCGUGGUGAUGCGAUGCGGAGCACCAGGUUCUCCAGGGAUCUAGGGGAACCCUGUAUUGCUGCCUUUUCACAGCCUUUCGCAGAGAUGCCAGUAUGAGGCAGCCUCUAAAAUUUCCAACCCCCUGACCAGUGUGGCGGAAGGCUGGCCAGGGUCAGAGGUCGUUGCGGGGACUCUUCAAGCCCUCAUCCCACUUCCUACGGCCAGGCUGCGGCUGGGUAGGUCCCAGGCUGCGGGAUAGAGGCUUUCCUUCGUUCCCACACCCACCCGUGGCUGUCCCUAGGAGGAUGCCCAGGUCCCACGCCUCCCACGCCCCUCCUCCCAGCCCCCAGGCCUGGCUGGGCUCCGGGGCUGGAUGGCGUGAAAGUUUCAGCCUCAAUCAGUACAAUCUUCCCUCGGGGUCACGUGAACAAAUAUGCUCGCAUUUGAAGGCAGCGUCUGUAUUUCCCGACUAAGAGGGGGUUUCCAGGGCUCUCUCCAAAUCCAGAAACGACCACGUUCCGAAAGAAAAACAAACCCCGAGCUCUGGGGGGCCUGGGAGGGUUGGGCAGGAACCCAGGAGUGGGUGGGGGCGCGAGUGGCCGCCACUGUGGGCCUGGGAGUGGACCGGCGGGCGGGCGGACCGACCUGCGCGCAGCACAGGCGAAGCCAGCUCGGGGACUACGAACUCAUACCUCCUGCGUUUAUUGGUAGUUGAACCUCAGCCUGGUUCCGUUCUACCGGGAAUUCCGUGUGCUCGGGUAUAUGGCCGCGUCUGCGAGCGCGCAAGACCAGGGUUGGGACGGUGUUGUCUGCAGACAAAGGGGGAAGGCUAGCUCUGCCCCCCACCGGCGCCCACUCCGAGGCCGAGGACACCAGGUUUAUGAUAAAUUGGGAUCCAGAUCCGCCUCCACAGAGUAAUCAAAAGAGACCGAAGAGCCUACAAAAAGAAUUAGAGACAAUAUUCAAGAAAACACACAUACAAAAAUUGUGUUUUCUACAUCGUAGAUUUCACAGUGCUGACCCACAGAACUAACUGGGCGGAUUUUUACCCUGUCUUCAAAAAGUGGCUAUCUGGGUCUCCAGGAAAGAUGCUGUGAUUGUGAAAUCAGGUGGGGGAGAAACUUUCAUUUUGGGAGCUCUGGCGGUUCUGAGUGUUAUACUACUUCCUCUGGCCAGUUAAAAUACUGGAAUUAUGGGCUAGGGCUAUAUCUCAGUGAUAAGAGUAUCUGUUUAGCAUGCACAAGGUCUUGAGUUCUAUUUCCAGUGCCAAACAAACAAAAACACUGGGAUUACCCAAAGAUUAAUCCAGUAAUUAAUUUAUUUAGCAAGCAUUUAUUGCAUUUGCUACAUGCAGGGCAUUGUAAUGGAUGUUGGGAAUAUACAGAUGAAUAAGACAGUCCUUGCCUGUAAUAACAUCCCAAUUUAGGGGAAGAAUGAGCCAGGAAAAUGUAUGAGGCCAUAAGUGCUUUUUCCUGCAGGUUCAAAAGCUAAAUUGACAACUUUGGAGAAAGAAAAUUGAUGGGGGUGGGUAGGAGAAAGCCCCUUCCAUAUGGUAGAGUUGAGCUACAGAGAAGGUCACCUGGAGCCUGGGGGCUGGCCCAGCUCUCUCAGGAUUUCGCAGACACUGGAAGUGGUGGUGAAGGACACAGUGGUAGUCAAUGUUAUUUGAGCAGGGUCAGCAGGCCCUGGAACUUCCUGAGUGCACAAUGCAGAAGGCUGCAUACUAUGAAAACCCAGGACUCUUCGGAGGCUAUAGCUACAGCAAAGCCACUGACACUUAUGGCUAUGGUACCCCUCAUCAGCCCUACCCACCCCCUGCUACCGCCAACUCCCUGGACACUGAUUACCCAGGUUCUGCCUGCUCCAUCCAGAGCUCUGCACCUCUGCGAGCCCCAGCCCACAAGGGGGCUGAACUCAAUGGCAGUUGCAUGAGACCUGGCACUGGGAACGGCCAGGGUGGGGGUGGUGGCAGCCAGCCUCCUGGUCUGAACUCAGAGCAGCAGCCACCACAACCCCCUCCUCCACCACCCACCCUGCCCCCAUCCUCACCCACCAAUCCUGGAGGUGGAGUGCCCGCCAAGAAGGCCAAGGGUGGGCCCAAUGCAUCCAACUCCUCAGCUACCAUCAGCAAGCAGAUCUUCCCCUGGAUGAAAGAGUCCCGACAGAACUCCAAGCAGAAGAACAGCUGUGCCACUGCAGGAGAGAGCUGCGAGGACAAGAGCCCGCCAGGCCCGGCGUCCAAACGGGUGCGCACGGCAUACACCAGUGCGCAGCUGGUGGAGUUGGAAAAGGAAUUCCACUUCAACCGCUACUUGUGCCGGCCGCGCCGCGUGGAGAUGGCCAACCUGCUGAAUCUCACGGAGCGCCAGAUCAAGAUCUGGUUCCAGAACAGGCGCAUGAAGUACAAGAAGGACCAGAAGGCCAAGGGCAUCCUGCACUCGCCAGCCGGCCAAUCCCCUGAGCGCAGCCCGCCGCUCGGCGGCGCCGCUGGCCACGUGGCCUACUCUGGGCAGCUGCCCCCCGUGCCAGGCCUGGCCUACGACGCACCCUCGCCGCCGGCUUUCACCAAAUCGCAGCCCAAUAUGUACGGCCUGGCCGCCUACACGGCGCCGCUCAGCAGCUGCCUGCCACAGCAGAAGCGCUACGCGGCGCCCGAGUUCGAGCCCCACCCCAUGGCGAGCAAUGGAGGCGGCUUCGCCAGCGCCAACCUGCAGGGCAGCCCGGUGUACGUGGGUGGCAACUUCGUCGACUCCAUGGCGCCAGCUUCCGGGCCCGUCUUCAACCUGGGCCACCUCUCGCACCCAUCUUCGGCCAGCGUGGACUACAGUUGUGCUGCGCAAAUUCCUGGCAACCACCACCACGGACCAUGCGACCCUCAUCCCACCUACACAGAUCUUUCGGCCCACCACUCGUCUCAGGGACGCCUGCCCGAGGCCCCCAAACUGACACACCUGUAGCGGUCGCCGCAGGCCGAACUUGCGGCGGCGUAAAUACCUCUUUUGCUUUGGUGGUGGGGGUGGCGGGCAGGGCCCGCGGGGCAGCUCGGGGACCUCCUCCCUGGCUCUGGUCUGGCCCGAUUCCUAGGUCUCCUCCAGCGGCAGAGGCAGAGGCUAUGGAGCCUCCCCUCCUUGCGCGUCCUCCUACGGGUGACUCGCCAUAAAUCAGCCGCAAGGAUCCUCCCCUGCAAGCCUGACAGUGCCAUGUACUGCGGAUCGAGGGACUCUAGUCUGGUAAUGGUGUCCCGAAGGUAAGUCUGAGACCCGUCGUCGGCAGUGCGCCCUGCGGAAGGACCAGAGUGGGAGAGACCUGGGCCUGGCCCGCAUCUAGCUUAGUUUCGGAGAUCUUAAUUUAUAUGCUUCUUCCAGUCCCGUAAGGAUUGCACUGGACUAAAUGAUCUGUAUUUAUUAUUUGAAGCGAUUCAUUUCGUUUCCCUGAUUAUUUAUCCUCCUCUUAAUGUAUUUAUGUGUAUAUUUGUAGAAUUCUCCAGCCGAUCUUAGGAACGUGCUCCCAGGCCUUGGGGGCCACAUUUCACCUUUUUAGUCCCCCUGGUCUUAACUAGUUGAGAGUAGUUUUGAACAGUUGUAACCGUGGCUGGUGUUUGUAGUUAAUGUAAAGGAUUAAGACCACAAAUUGUCCUUCAUGGUCGUACAGUCAAGCAGCCCGGUGGUACGGCACGACACACCUUAUUCAUUUCUCAACAGCUGCAGCCCUUGCCACUUGACACAGUUUAUUGAUUUCAAAUUGUCUGGUACUAUUUGAACAAAUAUUUAGAAUAAAAAAAUGUCUCAGUUGGAAGUCUAUCUGUGUUAAUCACACACACUUGCAAGCAGAUCACUCUGCCUUUAUCUUUUGAACAAUCCCAGUAGAAGGCCAAGAAAAAGCCUGACCCUUUGACAAACACUAUUUAUUUAUAUGGAAUCUAGUAUAUAAAUUGAUUUUGGGAAUGAUACUUGCUUAUAUUCCAGCUACUGAAAUUGGGCGGGGGGGUCUGAGGGUGCAAACCUCGAAAUGUCCUGUGUGAGACAGUCAAACAGGGCUUUGCCACAGCAGCGCCUGCCUGGCCAUUUUUAUCACCCUCUCUAUAGACACAAUCGACUGCUACAUUAAAGAGGCCAGAGCUCAUUUCUCUGAAUCAAUAAAAAAACUUUGAAAGAAAACUGACAAUCAAAGAAAAGACACAAAAGAAUUCAUAAGAAUUGAGCUAUGAAGAGCUAAGUUUCAGAAAAAGAAAUGAUCAUUUGGAGACAGGCACCUAAGCUUUUUCUCUAGGAAAUGCUGUCAUGAAGUUUUCCUUUGUAGUGGUGGGUAGUUCAUUUCUAAAGAAAACAAAUGAUCUUCAUGAUGUAAAGUAAUAAAUGUUUCACUAAUGGAACAUAACACGUAUAAAAACACCGUUUACUCCUGUUUCUUUGUACAAAAUGGGCAAAAAUGUCUUCAAAGAUUUAUAACCAUUUUGUAAAUAUUAGUGUGGCUCUAGCUAGGAGCGGACAACUUACAAUCGCUUCUGUGGGAGGGGACACUUGAAAACGCCUUCAAAUAAGUUUCAAUUCUUUUGUAUUUCAGCAAAGUCAGCCCACGCAUCUUUAUUUGGUUUGACAAAUAAUGCAACUCCUACUACAUCCUCAGUGACAAGAGGUGAAAUUCCUAUUGUGUGGAAAUAAUUUAACUUAUCUUCUGGUGGAACAACAACUGUUUUUAUUUGAUGUUUGUGUUUCACUAAUGAUAGCUCAAAGUAACAUUCAGUUUCCUUGUUCUUUUGUGCUGUUUUUAAAAUGGCAUGUUAGAUUGGGGGCAGGAGGGGAUAUUUUGCUAAAUUUCACUUUAUCUGAGCAGGUUAAAAGUAUAUAUGUUGUAGAAGUGUAUCGACAGAAUAAAUGACUUCAAUUGAAGACAUAUUUUACCCACUUUCAAGGCUUAACAUUGUUUUCUAUGAAAUUUGCAUCCAUAGGCAAGAUUUCUAGUUGUCUUGUACAAAGUUAUUUUUAAGCUAUUAGGGAAAGCAAAGAUCUUGUUGCCUUGCAAAGAUUACAACCACCUUUCUUAACUGGCUAAAUAUUAAAUAGAUGAAUCGUCAGGCUGUUCAGAUUCAGCCCAGUUUUUCCUCAUCUCCUCUUCCUACCAUAAAUAAUAAUAAAAAU